UUCCGCGCGCGCACGUGUGUUUUUACUGUAACUCUGUGGAAGCUCUUUUAUUGAUUAGUUGUUGAGCGAUGGCCAUGGUCACUUCCACCCCGAUGGAGAGAAGCGCGUCCGCGGCUGUGCGCGCGUCCCGCAGGAGCGGCGCGUCCCCGUGCACCGUCAGCCCGACGCGCCUCACGCGCCUGCAGGAGAAGGAGGACCUGCGGCAGCUCAAUGACCGCCUGGCCAACUACAUCGAGCGGGUGCGGCAGCUGGAGGCGGACAAAUCCUCCAUGCAGAUCCUGCUGGAGGAGAAGGAGGAGAGCUCGCUCAGGGAGGUCGGGAACGUGCGCCGCCUGUACGAGACCGAGCUGGCGGACGCGCGCAAGUCUCUGGACGCCACCGCGAACGAGCGCGCCAGACUUCAGAUCGAGUUCACUCAGUUACAGGAGGAUCACCGCAAACUCGCAGCCAGGAAUAAUAAGAAGGAGUGUGAGCUGACUGCGGCUGUGGAUCGCUGGAGGAAUCUGGAAGUGGCUCUGAACGCUAAAGAAGCAGAUUUUGCCAAUCUUCUGAGCACAAACCGGAGACUGGAGACGGAGAUCUCCGAGCUGAAGACUCAAGUGCCCACGCUGGAGGCGGCGCUGCAGAAGCUGAAGACGCAGCUGAACUCAGAGAUGCUCCGUCGAGUUGAUGCUGAAAAUCAGAUCCAGACUCUUCAGGAGCAACUGGACUUCCAGAAACACCUCGGAGAACAGGAGGUGCGAGAGAUGCGCAGUCGUCACGAGUCUCGCCUGCUGGAGCUGGACUGUGGUCGACAGAAAGAGUUUGAGGGUAAACUAGCAGAAGCCAUGAAGCAGCUGAGAGACGAGCACGAGAUGCAGAUCCGCCAGUAUAAAGACGAGCUGGAGAAAACCUUCAACGCCAAGCUGGAAAACGCUAAGCAGACAGCUGUGAAGAACAGUGAUUUCGCCUUCUCCACUAAAGAGGAGCUGGCGGGAUCUAAACUCAGACUGGAGUCUCAGACACAGCAGAUCAACAACCUGCAGAAACAGGUGGUGUGUCUGGAGGCACGUGUGCUGGAGCUGCAGCAGACUCUGGAGCAUGAGCGUCAGGUCUCCCAGCAGAAGCUCUCUCAGCAGCAGCAGGAGAUGGCGGCGCUCCGUCUGCAGAUGCAGGAGCAGCUGGAGGAGUACGAGAACCUGCUGGACGUCAAGCUGAUGCUGGACAUGGAGAUCAACGCCUACCGCAAGAUGCUGGAGGGCGAGGAGAAGCGACUGAACCAGUCCCUGAGCCCGAUCCAGCAGACUCUGAGCCCCAUCAUCCAGCAGUCCAGAAAGAAGCGCAAACACGAAGCCACGUGCUCCGGAUUCUCCCCCAACUACAGGCUAUCCCAGCAUUCCUCCUGCCGCGGACAGAUCAGCAUCGAGGAGGUGGAUCUGGACGGACGAUACAUCAAACUCAAGAACGCCUCUGACAGGGAUCAGGUUGUCAGUGGUUGGCAGUUGAGGAAGAGUGAAGCUGAAGCUGCUGAUAUCGUCUUCUGUUUCCCCUCGCCGUGUGUGAUGAAUGCUGGACACAUGCUGACGGUGUGGGCUGCAGCUGCUGUGGAUCAGUGUGGUUCUGCUGCUGAUCUCCUCCUCAGCACUCAUCAGUCGUGGGGUUCCUUCGCUGAUGUUCGAGUCUCUCUGCUCAACACACAGAACGAGGAGAUGGCGGAGUAUUAUGUGGUUCAGGAUAAAACAGAAGAUGAUGCGGAGAGUGAUGAACCGCUGAGAAGUCGUGACGCUCACCUGCGCAGACAGGCCAAAAGGAGGAAAAAGAAGUGUUGUUUUGUGUCCUGAAGACUAGUGUCUGUAGGGUCAGACGCUGGAUCAUGACUCUGCUUGUCUGCUGAUGUGAGUCUCCGCGCUGCUUCAUAUCUGAAUGUACAUGUAUGUAUUUAAUGAAUGUUCACGGCCUGAACUGGAUUGUUUAUAUUGAGACGGAUUGGUUGAUUGAUUAAUAAAGUUUGAAUUGUUGUUGUCAUAAUAAACACAUGCUGUUUUGCACAA